AUGACUCACUAUUUCGUCAGCCAUCUGCCAUUGGGAGUAAUAGUUGUAUUCUUAUGUGUUUUACAACAGGAAUCAGUCUAUGGUAUCCAGUGCGUGGUCUGCAAUUCCUAUCUUGAUGGCCAGUUAUGUGAACCUUGGGAUCAGUUUACAUUCAUAACAAACUGUUCAAAGUACCCCGGAAUUGAUGCGUCCAAACCAAUAAGCUGUCGUAAAAUCGAUCAAGUUGUGGAACAUGAAAGACGUGUAGUACGUCAAUGCAGUAAUGUUAUCGAUAAUCUGGGUUGUAUUGAUCGUGUUGGAACCAAUGAUGUACGAAUUCGUUAUUGUCAUUGCACAGAAGAUCUAUGCAAUUCAAUAACUGCAGUUAAACCACAAUCAUUCUAUUAUUUAUUCUCAUUAUCUGCCUUAACUUUUAGCUUCAUUAGAUUAUUAAUAUACACAUGAAACUCUUGAAUCCUAUAGUACUUUUUGAAAUAAUAAUUAUUAUUAUUGCUAUAAUUUAUGAGUAGUUUUUCAAGUGCACAUAUACACAAAGAAAGCGUUAUUAGAUUAAAAAAACAUGAUAAUACCAAAGUUAGUCUCUUUUUUUUACUAUCAUUUGUGUUUUACCACCUCUCUUGUGUUCUUGUUUUUUCCUUUUCU